CCCUUCGCGUGGUUUCACAUGCUGAAUACUGUCUAAGCCCUUAUCUGGAGCUGUCGAUAAGCCUGUUGACUCGGUGAAUGGCUCGGUGAAUCUGCUUUAAUUACAUACCUCUGCUUCUUUUUUGCUUUGCUAUCUUUUUCUUCCGUCGCGUCUUGGUCCCUAUCUUCAAGGACCAUGGCGUUCACUCGCUAUGCCUUUGGGUUCCAUCGGCUUUCCCAGACACUCGCCUGCCGCUCAGUACACGGGGUUCGUACCCUUGCGACUGCCAGACAAUUCUCUCCUCUUGCUCCGUUGGAUACCUUCCAGGAGAGACACAUCGGUCCUAAUGACCAUGAAGUCUCCCAGAUGCUUUCUCAAGUGGGCUAUGAUUCCAUGGACGCGUUCAUAGCCGAUACCGUCCCUCGUAAAAUUCGUGUUUCGACCGCUGAUAUCAGUAAUGAGACCAUUCCCUCGUUCAGCGAAUCAGAAUUGCAUGCACGAGCCAAGGCGUUAGGAGGGCAGAACGUUGCAUUCAAGAGUUAUAUAGGGAUGGGGUAUCACUCUGCCGUUGUUCCUCCGGUCAUUCUGCGCAAUGUGAUGGAAAAUCCUCAGUGGUAUACUCCCUAUACACCGUAUCAACCCGAGAUUGCCCAGGGACGUCUAGAGUCUCUGAUCAAUUACCAGACGAUGAUAAUGUCACUUACUUCGAUGGAUAUCGCCAACGCCUCGCUUCUUGAUGAGGCGACGGCAGCAGCGGAGGGCAUGGUUAUGACGUUCGUCUCGUCUGGACACAAGAAACGCACGUUCCUGGUCGACUCUGGCGUUUUACCUCAAACCAUCUCGGUGCUGAGGACGCGUGCCAAAGGCUUCGGUAUCAAAGUCAUUGUUGAGGACGCGAGUGUGGCCAUCAAGGAUCAAAGCUUGCAAUCGGAUCUGUGUGGUGUCCUAGUUCAGUAUCCCGACGUAGAUGGGAACAUUAAAGACUUCGGAGAACUUGCAGUUAACGCACAUUCGUCUAGCGCCCUCGUUGUCUGUGCCACCGAUCUGUUGGCAUUAACCAUGUUGAAGCCACCAGGUGAAUGGGGGGCUGAUAUUGUUUUUGGAAACUCGGCACGAUUCGGUGUCCCUGCAGGAUAUGGAGGUCCUCAUGCCGCGUUCUUUGCUGUAACAGACAAGCUGAAACGGAAGAUGCCUGGCCGUUUGAUUGGCCGUAGUCGAGACGCCUCAGGUGCAUCUGCUUACAGGUUGGCAUUGCAGACUCGUGAACAGCAUAUUCGACGCGAACGGGCGACAAGUAAUGUCUGUACGAGUCAAGCUUUGCUGGCUAACAUGGCAGCAAUGUAUGCCGUCUAUCACGGUCCAGUCGGUCUACAACGUAUCGCAAACAAAGUCCAUGUUACCGCUCAAGUAUUCAAGUCGUCGGUGGAAAAUCUCGGAUACAAGCUAUUAAACCCUGCUUUUUUCGACACGAUCACUUUGGACGUAUCGGUUGCCGGUGGUGCCGAACCGGUGCAUGACAUCGCGAAAAAGGCGAGAGUCAACCUUCGUCGUAUUGAUGAUCAGCACGUUGGCGUUACAUUCGACGAAAGCGUUACACAAGCGGACUUGGAGGCUCUUGUAGCAAUAUUUGCGUCGGCAGUGAAGUCAUCAGGCCAGCUGAUUUUACCGUCAGAAGGAUCACUUAUUCCCGAAUGUCUGCGACGUACUUCUGAAUAUCUGCGCCAUCCGGUUUUCAACAAGCAUCAUUCUGAGACUGAGAUGCUUCGUUACAUGAACCAUCUAGCUUCCAAGGAUCUUGGCCUCGUCCAUUCCAUGAUCCCACUCGGCAGCUGUACGAUGAAGCUCAAUAGCACUAGUAGCAUGAUUCCUCUGACAUGGCCAGAGUUCAGUGCUGUGCAUCCCUUUGUGCCUCAUGACCAGAUAAAGGGAUAUCUGAGUAUCAUCAAGGAACUCGAAGAAGACUUGUGCAAGAUAACAGGCUUUCACGCCGCCUCCUUGCAGCCAAACUCUGGUGCAGCUGGAGAGUAUGCGGGGCUUUGUGUGAUCAGGGCUUACCAUGAAUCUCGAGGAGAAGGACACCGUGACAUUUGUCUGAUUCCUCUGAGCGCCCAUGGAACGAACCCAGCGUCUGCAGUCAUGGCAGGGCUCAAAGUCGUCCCGAUCAAAGCCUUAUCAGAUGGUAGCUUGGACCUGGAAGACCUCACAGCGAAGGCUGAAAAGCAUAAAGACAACCUUGCUGCGUUUAUGAUCACAUAUCCUUCAACGUUCGGAGUUUUCGAAGACGGUGUCCAGGAUGCUUGCAAGAUCAUCCACGACAAUGGUGGCCAAGUAUAUCUUGAUGGUGCUAAUCUUAAUGCUCAAAUUGGUCUGACCAACCCGGCUACCUGUGGAGGAGAUGUAUGCCACAUGAACCUUCAUAAGACAUUUGCGAUUCCACAUGGCGGAGGAGGUCCUGGAGUUGGACCGAUCUGCGUCGCCGAACACUUGGCACCAUUCCUUCCUUCUCAUAGGUCGCUACCUCAGGUAGCCGGUUCGAAAGCUAUCGAAGCAGUCUCGGCUGCACCUUUCGGCAGCGCCUCUAUUCACCUCAUAUCCUGGGCGUACAUCAAAAUGCUCGGUGGUCGAGGACUCGCCGAUUCCUCCAAAAUCGCCCUACUCAAUGCCAACUACAUGGCCAGUCGCUUAUCGGAGCACUACAAUGUUCGGUACACGAACAAACAUGGCCGUGUCGCUCACGAGCUCUUGAUUGAUCUCGCGGAGUUCGACAAGUCCGCUGGACUUAAAGUUACCGAUUUCGCCAAACGCUUGCAAGAUUAUGGCUUCCACCCUCCCACUUGCUCUUGGCCCACGUCUACAUGCAUGUUAAUCGAGCCCACCGAAUCAGAGCCUUUAGAGGAAAUAGAUAGGUUCUGCGAUGCUAUGAUACAGAUACGUCGGGAAACGGAGGAUGUUAUAACUGGAAAACAGCCCCGAGAUAAUAAUGUUCUCAAGAACGCGCCCCAUCCUGUUUCCGUGCUUGCUGAGGAAGAGUGGAGCAGGCCUUACUCUCGCCGAACAGCAGUGUACCCCCUUCCCUGGCUUGUAGAGAAGAAGUUCUGGCCGACAGUGUCCCGCAUUGAUGAUGCCUAUGGCGACCUUAACCUUAUUUGCGACUGUCCAUCUGUAGAGGAGGUUGCUUCGUCAUGAUAGUUUUGUCAAAUGUUUUCUGCUUGGGCUUUCUGUUCUCCUAGAUGGCUCACUGAGCCUAGAGUGUUGGUCAACCGAACCUCUCAUAGACAUUGGUACAUUAUUAACGGUGCCGCCGUACAUUUUGCAGUAUAUCCAUAAUAAUAUGUCAUUUCGAACCUGCUUCUUUU